AUGGCCGAGAUACGGGCCAUAGGGAAUACCAAUAGUCGACGAGGCCAAACAUCAAUUACACACCUUCUAAACUACAGUCGUCCGCCGAGCGCUUACGCGGAUCAUCAUUCUUAUGCUCGGAAUUAUAGACGGAAUCCGACCUGGGGACCUGGUUCAGGACACCACGCCGUAGACAAGGCGAGAUACGUUCAUGCGAAUUACAGAUUUGUCGUUUCGCCGGAAGGCAAUUACGCUAGCCAGGCGGCUGACGCCGAUGUUCACAUCGAUUGGAAUAACGUCCUGCAGAUUUUGGCCUCAUCCGUGUCGCAGGGGGCUAGUUGCCCAAUCUGUUUGUCAGAGCCGGUGGCCCCACGUAUGGCAAAGUGCGGCCACAUUUUCUGCCUUCCAUGCCUGAUUCGGUUUAUGAACUCGACAGAUGAGGACUCGAAGCAUGGCAAAGGUGCAAGGUGGAAGAAAUGCCCGCUCUGCGAAGACAGCGUCUACCUCCACGAGACGCGGCCCGUGCGUUUCUACGCUGGACAAGAGAGCCCUCUGCCACGAGUUGGCGACGACGUUGUGCUACGCCUAAUGGCCCGGACAGCCAAGUCGACCCUCGCAUUGCCGUGGGAGAAUGGUUCUGACGCGCUCAACGUGUCGGACGACGUGCCCUGGCACUUUGCAGUCAAUGUUCUAGAUUAUGCUAGGAUCAUGAAGGGAACUGGAGACUAUAUGUUGGAGCAAUUUGACGAAGAAAUCGAGGCGCUGCGGAAACAGGGGACCGAGGAUCAGCUUCUUUACCACGACGAUGAUGAAUGGACGAAGAAGGCGAUCCGGGCCAUCGAUGCGGCGAAGGAGAAGGUACAGGAUCUUGGCAAGAACGACUCCAUGCUGCCAAACAAGAAGCUUGGCAACCAGAACAAGACGGUUCAGCCUGACUUUUACUUCUACUCAUCACAACCGCAUCUCUACCUCUCAGCUCUCGAUAUUCGUAUAUUAAAGACGAAAUAUGGCGACUUCUCUGCAUUUCCAUCCACGUUGUUGCCUCGCGUCGAGCACAUUUCGACCGGCCACGUUCUGGAUGAGGUGCAGAGAAAACGAGCCAAGUACCUGGGUCAUCUUCCGUACGGUUGCCGAAUCAGCUUCCUGGAAUGCGAUUGGACAGACAUAGUGUCGGCAGAUGUCCUCGAGAAAUUCGCCGAUGAGAUCGGCCGACGGAGGAAGCGGAAUCUCGACAAGGCGGUACAGGAAGAACGCGAGAGGGUUCAGUCGGAAAGAAUUGAGGCUGCCCAGUUCAAGAGCACUGCGGCUAUGAGGCGUGAUUAUGGACCGAUCGAAGAGGACCACGUUCCUGCAUUGAACUUGGAAGAGUUCCAACCCCUAUCAAGCCAUGCCAACGCUACGCCGCCCGAUCCACGACCAGGUUUCGAGCAUCUCGCAACCAUUUCUACGAGUCCUUCCACGCAGAAAACCGUGUGGGGCACUCAUGUCGUGCCUGGGUCUCCUGAGCUUGCCCCGGCAUCAAUGCGUCCGCAUGAUGACGGGUGGCUCAAGGAUGAAGAUUUGUUUGGCCCUCCAGAGCUUUCUUUCCACAUGGAGGCUUUGAGUAUGACCGAGCCCGGUCCCUCUAGCAGUAGUGCCGCCUUUGGGGCAGCUGGUAGCAGCAGCAACGGUGGCAGCAGCGGCAACAGCGGCGGUGGAGCAGGAGGCGGCGGCAAGGGAAAGAAGAAGAAGCAGAAGAUCACACUGAUGAGCACCGGUGGGCGUAGGCAAGGAUAA